ACAAUGACUGUUCGUACAACUUUCCGAUUUUUGCGUCUUUAAGUGCGAAAUAGCUUAAAUUUAGUAAUAAAAACUACAUAAAAAUGUCUUCUGAGAGUGAUAAAGGCCCCAACGAUAUGUGGGUAGAAAUAAUCGAGCCAAAAAGUAGAGAACGGAUGUUCGCCAAUCUCAAUACAGGCGAAUGUGUUUGGGAUGAGCCUGAAGGUGUUCAAAUUAAACGAACAACGGCAUCGCAAUGGUGGGAACUGUUUGAUACAAAUACAAAUCGAUUUUAUUACUACAACGUAGCGUCGCAGAAAACGGUUUGGCAUCGUCCCGAAAAUUGUGACAUAAUUCCGUUGGCGAAAUUGCAAACGAUCAAGCAGUCAACGACUUCUGUCGUCGAAAGACGAGGCAAAUCCGAUAAUAAAACCAAAGAUGACAUCAUGUCGAAGCGAAAUUCAAACUCACGGGACUCUCGUGUGAGUUUGGGCGCUUCGUCGUUGCAAGACAAACGAAAUAGUGAUCAUUUAGCGUCUCCGCAGGGACGUCAUACCCUUCAAUAUAGCUCAUUUCGUUUGCCUCCCGUUUCUGCUCCGGAUGAUUUUAGCACGUCAGGCACAAAUAAAAGUGACGGAAGUAAAUAUUCGAAACAACAUCCUUUGAGUACGACAGGAAGUGCGGGCAGAAAUAACAAAUAUUUCGAUUCGGGCAAGUCAAGUGACUCGAGUUUGUCGAGUAGCGCUCAUGGGGGACGAAAAAUGCAAGAAAGCGGAGGUAGUUUACGUAUCAAUAGUGCCAAUCAGUCGAAAAAUCGACCCUCAGAGAACUUCCGACUGUUACAAAGUAGCUCCAGUUCGCACAAUAUUCCGCACAUUUCGAUACCGCAAGCACAAGUUGUCUCGACGCCAACAGAAAAACAUCAUUCGCCGACAUCGCACAUGAUGCAACAACAUCCAUCGUUGUCAAAGAAGCGAAAUAACGCGAAUUACGAUUCAAAAUCGCGCGACGGAGGCAUGGUUUCAAAACACAAAAGUUUCGACAUGUUAGAAGAUGCCCAAGAUGCUCAUUCAAGAUCUCUUACCCGCUCCGAUAGCUUUGGCGGCGAUCGAGCUGUUGCCCCAAAAACUCAUUCGGGAUCGCGAAAACAGAAACCUUCAUCACUCCAACGUCGCGGCAGCUUCGGAAGUGACGAUUCGAUGCACGAAAAGUACUUUAAAUCCGUGGAAAAUACUCCCGUAAGUCGAAGACGCGCCGCACAAAAUUCCCGUAACAAACAUUCGAGCGAUUCAAGUCCUCAUAGUCCGAUUUCGCCGCCAGCUGCACAGGGAAAAAGCGCAAUUCGUCCGUCGCAAUUGGUUAUCGAGGCGCCGCAUAACUUUUCCAACAAGCAAUCUAGUCAAAGAGUUUCGGAGAAGGAAUUUUAUCAGCAGCAACGGCAAGAUCCGAAGAAAAAGUCGUCGGAGAGAUUGGAUUCGUCGUUGGGUAAAUCUUCGGGUGAACGACAUCGCAAAUCGCCCGGCGCUCUAUCCGCGCACAAUAAACAACAACAAUUGUUACAAGCAAUGCCCCCGAUGAACAAUGCGAAGAAUAAUGGGAAACAAUCUAGUCAGCAAGCGGAGCAAAAUCGAAAUUCGCUGCAAAAGGGAAGUACAGCAGCGAAUAAUCCGACGAAUAAGUAUCUGUCCAAGCAGAAUGUUGAUCGUCACAAUAAGGUUUUGACGCAAUCAACAUUGGAACGUGUGUCGGGUACAACGGGCGGAAACAAUACAGGCCAUCGGAGCAAGACAUCCACGAUGCUUCACAGCGACGUCGAAUACGACAACGGCAACAUUUCUCCUCUUUACAGCAAUUGGGAUCAGGAAAUGCAAGAUCACCUGCUUCCGUUACAACAUUACAUAUUGGAACAAGCAAAAUUAUCGGGUUGUUAUGGAUCGGGCGACAACUUAGAUUCGGAUUCGUAUCAUUCGGAUAGUCAUUCGGAACAUUCUCUGUCGGGACACGAACCAGACAAUGAAGAUUCUGAUCAUUCUGAUGGGCGAGGAGAUUAUUUGUCGCAUUAUCCGUACGACGAAUAUGGAGCUUAUGGACCUUCUUAUUACAAUUUCGUCUCGAAUAUCGAUAAACGAAAUGAUAAAAAGGACCAACACUCUGAAGAAGUCGAUGCGAAACUCGAUAGUAUGCAAGGUCAACUUUACAGUCCCGUGAAAAAUCAUCCGGCAAAUCAACUUCCAAACAACAAACCAUUCGCGCCGCCGCAAAUUCAACGCCCAAUUCCCCAAUAUCCGAGUCAAAGAUCCCAAAAUGCGGCGCAGCAACAGUCAAAAGAAGAGCCAUAUUCAACGCAAUCGCUUUACAAAAAUUAUCCCUUCGAUGGAAAUUCGUUUACGCGACCAAUUCACUCAAAUUCGGGACAAAUUGCAACGGGAACGAGCAGAUCUCAACCGAAAGACAAGAAUUUUAUGCAUCCUGCACAACUUCAGCAACAACAGGCAGCUGCUAUGCAACAACCUCCGUUACCGCAACAAGCUAAAGCGACGUUAUUACAAAAAUUCCAAGAGAAUAUGACCUUCCAUAGUCCCGAAAAGAUCGCGGAAAUGGCUUUAAUGAAGGAGUGUGACAUCGAAAAGUUUGCCCAAGAUAAUUUGAAUCUCCAUUCGAAGGGGAUUUUCAGAAAAAAAUCAUCUGUUCGUGACAUGUUAAGUUGGACCCCUGAUGCAAUAAGUCGACCAAUGUUGUCGUUACCCAUCGCACGUGAAAAAGCAGGCAAAAAGAUGGCAAUCGAGCUUUUCAAAUUGGUUCAAAUCUACAUGGGAGAUCGUAAAGCUCGUCCCGGAAUGACUUUGAACUCUGUUGCUUCCGAUAUUAUCACAAUGACGCUUGCACAGGCACAACUUCGUGAUGAACUCUACGUGCAAUUGUGUCGUCAAACGACGGAAAAUCCGAGUAGAGACUCCCUGAUACGCGGUUGGGAGUUAUUAGCGAUUUGCCUUUCAUUUAUUCCGCCAUCGCCAACGUUUCAACCUGCUUUGCUUGGUUACAUGAAUCGCCAUCGUGAUCAACAAUUUUCAGCAGCUUUUCAGGAAAUCAACAAAUGGCCAACGCAUGUUCAGAUUUCGCAUUACGCGACAAUUGCAUGUCGUCGAUUGGAUAGAAUUGGGAGUGCAGGCAAGAAACAAGCGAAGAAACCGUCUGAAGAUGAGAUUAAUACUGCAAGGGAACAAAUUUUCCGUGACAGUAUGUUUGGCAAUACAAUAAAAGAAGUAAUGGAGUUACAAAAGCAACGAUUUCCGGAACGAAAGUUGCCAUGGAUUCAAGUUACAUUAUCGAAACAGGUCCUGAAACUGAAUGGUUUCCAAACUGAAGGCAUUUUUCGUGUGCCAGCUGAUGCUGAAGAAGUUGCUGUGUACAAACAGAUGCUCGAUCGAUGGGAAUGGCCCGAAGAUACAGGAACAAUGGAUGCUCACACGCCUGCUAGCUUACUAAAAUUAUGGUAUCGUGAACUUUAUAACCCUCUUAUAUCGGAAAAUUUGUACGAAGAAUGCGUACAAACGGAAGAUCCGAAGGAAGCAAUGAAAAUUGUGGAAAAAUUACCAAAAUCACACAAAUUGGUCCUUACUUACUUGAUUCACUUCUUACAACAAUUUGCUCAACCCGAAGUGGUUGCCAACACAAAAAUGGAUUCUUCGAAUUUGGCGAUGGUUUUUGCGCCAAACAUUUUGCGAUGCAUUUCCGACGAUCCGCGUGUCAUUUUGGAGAACGCACGAAAGGAAAUGGCAUUCCUUCGAACACUCAUCUUACAUAUGGAUACAUCGGCAGUUGCCAACAUGAUUUAAAAAGGUUUUUCUUUAGCAAGUUGGUAAGUAUAAAACUCACACGCGAAAAAAAAGCAAAAAAUCGGAAAAUUUUAUUAUAGAGACACCAAAUUUUUAUAAAUACUUUUUUUUAGCGAUUGAAUUAGUUAGCGAACGAAUUAAAAUAUUAAAUUUUUUAUUAGUGUGUGGUUUUUGACAAGAAAAAAAAAUGAGAUAAAUAAACAAACAAAAAACAAGGAA